AUGGCCGCUUCCCGCUCCGGCCACGGCUCAGGCUCAGGCGGCAACAAGCUCGUAAUCUCCAAGGAAGGCGAAUUUGGUGCCAAGGUAGCUGCCACGUCCAUCCACUCGCUUGGGAUCAUCGCUACGGGCCUCAUAAAUCGUAAUUUCAUGGACGCCAUGCUCGAGGAAGCCUUGGACAUAGCCGCGACUUGGCCGAACGCGACGGUCAAGCCCAAGGGCCCAAGCAAGGAGGAGACCAAAGACAAAAAGGAGGAGGAAGGAAAGAACGAGGAGACAGAGAAGACUGUGGCCAAGGAGGAGGUAAUGAAGAAAUCGAAAACAGAGCUGAGAAGGGAGAGGAGGGCGAGGCGGGCGGCAAGGAGGGGAAAUAAGACCAUAUUCUGGUCCUUGUAA